UGCACACGGCUCCAAUCAGAAAGAGUCUGUGUUCAUGAGGCUCAAUAAUCGCAUCAAAGUCCUGGAGAUGAACAUGUCCCUCAGCGGACGCUACCUGGAGCAGCUGAGUCAGAGAUACAGAAAGCAGAUGGAGGAGAUGCAGAGAGCCUUUAACAAAACUAUCAUCAAGCUCCAGAACACCUCCAGAAUGGCUGAGGAGCAGGACCAGAGGCAGACGGACUCCAUCCAGGCUCUACAGGCUCAGCUGGAGAACGUGACUCAGCUCGUGAUCGGUCUGUCUGUCAGCGUGAGUCGACUUCAGCAAGAGGUGUCUGACAGACAGAGCUAUAUUCUGCUGUGUCUGCUUCUCUGUGUUCUUCUGGGGCUGCUGAUCUGUGUGAACUACCGUCAGAUAUCAGAGAGUCCGGCUCUCCAUUCACCGGACAGAGAGUGGUCUGAUGCUGAAGCUGUGCUGCUGAGACGCAGAGCCUCUGAUCCUCCAUCGCUCUCGUCCCUUCAGUCACUCGACGGAGCUUCAGAAGAGACCAGCAGCCGUAAGCAGCGGGAAGACUGUGAAGUUAGUAGAGAAAAGAAGCUAAGCAGAGGUCCAGAGACGCUGUUCCCUCACUCCACCAUCACUCCUCCAGGUCUGGAGACGGACAGCAGAGACGUGUCUGACGGCAGCUCUGAAGGAUCCUCGCUGGCCGACGAGACGCUGUUCUGUGGAAUCAGCAGCUGUGCUCGUCUGUGUGAGGCGUUACCGGCCCCGAAGGUCUGGACUCAUCAGAAGAGCCGGCCGCAUCAGAAUCAUCAUCAGAGCGGCUCCAGACGCUCACAGAACCAGCCUCCGCAGCGCAGCGGCCCGCGCCGGACCGGCACUGAGACCGGACACAACCGGACUGAACCGCCUCUGAGACUGAACCAGACCAGACCGGCUCUGAGACUGGACCAGAACGGACCGGACCGGACCGGACCAGCUCUGAGACUGGACCAGACCGGACAGAACCGGCUCUGAGACUGGACCAGACCGGACAGAACCGGCUCUGAGACUGGACCAGACCGGACAGAACCGGCUCUGAGACUGGACCGGACCGGACAGAACCGGCUCUGAGACUGGACCAGACCGGACAGAACCGGCUCUGAGACUGGACCAGACCGGACAGAACCGGCUCUGAGACUGGACCGCACUGGACCUGAGACUCUGAUUCUGGAGAUGUUCACACACUGGACGCUGAACCCGUACAGAUCCUCACACCUUCUUCUCUUCAACACUGAGGCUUAUGCAGUUUGCACUGGUUUUUCUAAUUAUGUGCCACAAACUUUCAGACAAUCGUUAUUAAAAUAUAAAUAAUC